GAAAAUACUUUUGUGGUCUUUUAAAAAAGGAAGCAAUUUUUGGAAUUUGGUUCGUCAAUGUUUAAUCGUUCCAUAUGGACGGUAAUGAAUUGGAAAUGAUCAGUGUUAUUUAUAGAUCUUUAAGAUAAAACGUUUAAUUAGGCUCAAUUUUUCUAGUUAGUAGGGGAAAACCAGCUAUUCUCAAAUAUCUGUCAUUCUUUAUUUAUUUACUACAAAAUAGAUCUAAAUGAUGAAGAUUGUGGAUAAGUAUGUGCAGAAGCUUUUCUCCCGUAAUUAAACAUUAUUAAAUUUUCAGAAUUUGCUUGCCUGAUGAUUUGUUACAUUUCUGACCACUGCACUGCACAACUGUGUUAGAUACCUGCAUGAAUGCUUGCCUGAAUAAUCUAGGAAGUCCCUGUCAGCUUUGUUUAAUAUUAUUGCAUGCCUGCUUGUCCAGGCAGCAGGUUUAUGUGAAGAAAUAUAUUCAUACAUCUUCAAGUUUACCGCCUAAAUCAUGCAACCGAUACGCAUCUAUGCUUUCGCACAUUCUACAAAAUGCAUACACCCGAGAAAUAUAAUUGAGAAAGUUGUAGUGUUUUUAAUAUAUUGUAUAUCUGAAAUACAUGUCAAUAUGUUUAUACUGUAUGCGUAUACCCUUUUUAAGGUCACGAUGAUGUUCUAACUCUCUACCAAUUAACCCUUUCUCCGUCCUAAAACUGAUAAACCGGAAAUAUCUGACAAACAACUAGCCAAAAUAUCCCUCCCACCUUUUGCGAGCAGUACAAAUUAAAAGAAAAUAACAUUUUGCGCUUCAUAUAUCUUGUUUAUGUCCAAAGAUAAUCAUUAUCAAAGUUUACAUAAAGAUACUACUACUACUAAAAGGGGCGCAAAGGGGGGAGGAUAUUUGGAUAUUUAAAACAAAAAUUCAAGUAAGGUAUGUUAAAAAUUAAGAGAGGCCGAAAUAUAAAGAUUCGUUGCAGGACGAGUUAGAAAGAAUCUUGGUAGGACGAAUAAGAUAAAUUCAUGGUAGGAUGCAUUAGAAAGGUUCAUGGUAGGACAGAUGUAAAGGUGGGAUAUAUGGUGGGACGGAUUAGAAAGGUUCGUGUUAGGACAGAUGUAAAGUUGGGCUAAUGGACAUGGUAGAACGAAUUAGCAAGGUUUAUGGUAGGAAGGAUGUAAAAGGUGGGAUAAUUUACAUAGCAAAACGAUGGUGUCCUACCAGAAGUCUUUUUAAUUCGAUGCAAAAGUGGGAUAAUGGAAAUAGUAGAACGAAUUCAAAUGGCCCGAGGUAGGACUGAUGUAAAGGGGGAAUAAUGGACGUGUUAGAACGGAUAAGAAAGGUUCUGGGUAAAUGGACAUGGUAAAACGGAUUAGCAAGAUUUGUGGUCGGAAAGGUCAGAUAAUGGACAUAUUAGAACGGAUACGAAAAGUCCUGGUGGGAUAAUCAACACGGUAGAAAGGAUUAAACAGGGUUUGAAAGGUUCAGGUAGGACGUAUGUAAAAGUGGGAUACCAGAGAUGGUAGAACCGAUCAGAAUGAAUCAUGGUAGGAUGUAUUGACUCCUGGUCCCACCUGGUCCACCCUAUACUUAGAUACACUUUUCAUCCUAUAUCUAAAUAUACUCUCCAUCCUAUACCUAGAUAUACUCUCCAUCCUAUACCUAGAUAUACUCUCUAUCCUAUACCUAGAUAUACUCUCCAUCCUAUACCUAGAUACACUCUUCAUCCUAUAUCUAAAUAAACUCUCCAUCCAAUACCUAGAUAUACUCUCCAUGCUAUACCCAGAUAUACUCUUUAUCCUAUACCUAGAUAUACUCUCCAUCCUAUACCUAGAUACACUCUCCAUCCUAUACCUAGAUAUAAAUACUCUCCAUCCUAUACCUAGAUAUACUCUCCAUCCUAUACCUAGAUACACUCUCCAUCCUAUACCUAGAUAUAUAUACUCUCCAUCCUAUACCUAGAUAUAUAUACUCUCUAUCCUAUACCUAGAUAUACUCUCCAUCCUAUACCUAGAUAUACUCUUCAUCUUAUUCCUAGAUACACUCUUCAUCCUAUACCUAGAUAUACUCUCCAUCCUAUACCCAGAUAUACUCUUCAUCCUAUACCUAGAUAUACUCUCCAUCCUAUACCUAGAUAUACUCUCCAUCCUAUACCUAAAUAUACUCUCCAUCCUAUACCUAGAUACACUCUCCAUCCUAAACCUAGAUAUACACUUCUUCUUUUACCCAGAUACACUUUUUAUACUAUAGCUAAAUAUAUAUGCUAUACCAACAUAUACUCUCCAUCCUUUACAUAGAUACACGUUUCAUCCUAUACCUGGAUAUACUCUUUAUUCUAAACAUAGAUAUACUCUCCAUCCUAUACCUAGAAAUACUCUCCAUCCUAUACCUAGAUAGACUCUCCAACCUAUACCUAGAUAAAUUCUCCAUCCUAUAAAUAGAUAUACUCUUUAUUCUAAACAUAGAUAUACUCUCCAUCCUAUACCGAAAUAUACUCUUCAUCCUUCACCUAGAUAUACCUUCCAUCCUUUACCUAGAUAUACUCUGCAUUCUAUACCCAGAUAUACUCUUAAUCCAAUACCCAGAUAUACUCUUCAUCCUAUACCUAGAUAUACUCUCCAUCCUAUAACUAGAUAUACUCUUCAUCCUAUACCUAGAUAUACUCUCCAUCCUAUACCUAGAUAUACUCUUCAUCCUAUACCUAGAUAUACUCUCCAUCCUAUAACUAGAUAUACUCUCCAUCCUAUACCUAGAUAUACUCUCCAUCCUAUAACUAGAUAUACUCUUUAUCCUAUACCUAGAUAUACUCUCCAUCGUAUACCUAGAUACACUUUACAUCCUAUACCUAGAUAUACUCUCCAUCCUAUACCUAGCUAAAUAUAAUCUCCAUCCUAUACCUAGCUAAAUAUAAUCUCCAUCCUAUACCUAGCUAAAUAUAAUCUCCAUCCUAUAAGUAGAUACUCCUUGAUAUACUCUUCUUUCUAAACCUACCCUUAUGUGAGUCCAGUAUUAGUAUAUAUGGUGCUUGUGCACUGAUAUAACCAUCUAUACAAUCUACACUUUUAAACUACGUAAUGCAGAGAUAUUUGGCGUUUUAAAGAAUAUCUAGACAAUUAAGCCAGAGCUGAGAUUGGUGAGCUGUCGCACAAUACUUAAGAUCGCAAAUUAUGAUACGAUUCAGUGGCGGCGUGCAUAUUCAUUUUGAGGUGACAGUCAACCACAAAUACUAGUCCAAUAAACAUUUGCAGGUAUAAACACAUAACCUAGAGACUACACUUAUUCAAUAUGCAUUACAUAAUCACAAUCUGCCUAAUGACAUUUUAUAUGGUAUUCGUAGUGUGGCGAUAAGUAUAUAAAAAGUUGAUCCUCUCUAACCCUGGAGUGAAAAGUUUAAGCUAUCGUUUAGAUCUUUACUGUUCAAACCCUCGGGAGAAGAUUACUUGGAUAUCUUGGAUCUCAGACGAUGAAGAGUGGAAUAAGUUUGUGUAAAAGACCACAGAAGAAGAAAAGAAAAGCUGUGUUAAAUUAUGAAGAUGAGAUUGAUAUAACCAAAACCCAAGUUGACGAAUCAAUGGACGAGGAGGAUAAGGGAAAGAAUGAACAGAACAUCGUCCAGUGCUCGGAAGAAAGUUUAAAUGAUGAUAGAAUUAAACCUUGCAGCAAGACAGAAAUCACUCAAAUUGGCUGGACAGUGCUCAGAGAUCCUAAGGAAUUGCUUGAGGCUGGCCAUCCUUUUAAGAAGGAGGAGACUUCUUAUAGGUCACAUAAAAUUGUAGGAGAAGAGAAAGAAAUAAAGAUUAAUCACGAAUUAGAGCUAGUUGAACACUUUAAAACUGAAAAUCUGUUUUCAGUCAAUAUUAACCAGGUUAUAAAUCAGGGAACUCCAACCAGAUACACUGAUAAUAUCCGUAAUUGUAAUAAUCUUUCACCACAAGAUAGCGGAUUUGAAUCAUCUUGUAUACAUUUCUCCAACUCCUCCAACUGCAGUGAACUUAAUGAGAUUGUUUGCAGCCUAUAACAGACACGAGAUCUUUGGUUAAAAUUCUUUCAGCUUGGAACAGAGAUGAUCAUUACUAAAACUGGAAGGU